CUAUUACCAUCCCACUUCCAAUUUCAAGGGAAGUAACCCCCUGCAACCCCAAAACAGUAGGCAUCGUCACACACACACACACUCUCUGUAAGCACUCUCUGAGGACACUAUCAAACACUUGCUAUGGCGACCAACAGAGACGAAGCUCUAUCCUUCAUAAAUCCAUCAACAUCGUCCCCAAUCGCGGUCUUGGACGUAGACAGCUAUCUUCUAGAUAAUUCCCAGAUUGGAAGCGCUUCUGGAAGCUUCCAGAACGAGGGUUUUCUCGGUGGCCUUGACGGGGGUGGUAACGGCAGCGACGCGGAGUUCGGGUUCUCUCGGGCAGAUUUCCGGCAAAGCCCUCUGGUUGGGACCGUUGAGUACUACGAUCGCCAUGUGUUCCUUUGCUACAAGAACCCUCAGGUCUGGCCUCCACGUAUUGAAGCUGCUGAGUUUGAUCGCUUGCCGAGGCUUUUGUCGGCUGCUUUGACGGCCAGGAAGGGCGAUAUGAAAAGACAGACCCGCUUGACAAUAUGUGAGGGACAUGAUGGAACUGAGACAUCAAAUGGGGAUGUGUUGAUGUUUCCAGACAUGAUCAGAUACAGGAGGUUGACACAUUUUGACGUCGACACAUUUGUUGAAGAAGUACUUGUGAAGAAUGGUGAAUGGCUACCUGGAACUCCUGAAGCACUAAGGGGCUCGUACAUAUUUGUAUGUGCUCAUGGUAGCAGGGAUAGACGGUGUGGUGUUUGUGGACCUCCUGUGCUUAAUAGAUUCAAAGAAGAGAUAGAAUUACGUGGUCUUCAAUGCAACGUGUCUGUUAGCCCAUGCUCACACAUUGGGGGGCACAAGUAUGCAGGGAAUAUCAUCAUAUUUGGAGCAAAUAUCAGAGGAGAUAUCACUGGACACUGGUAUGGGUAUGUUAUGCCAGAUGAUGUACCUGUUUUACUCGAACACCAUAUUGAGAAAGGAGAAAUUGUAGAGUGGCUAUGGAGGGGACAGAUGGGUCUAUCCGAAGAAGAGCAGACGAAAUCCCAGGAACUAAGGUUUCAACUAAAUGCUGGGGCCACCGUGGAAAGAAGCACAAAAAACUCAACCCAAGCAAAUGAGAUAAGUAAUACAACAGGUGGAUCUCAAGUCGAGGGUAUGAGCUGUUGCCAGACGAAUGGAAGCUCCCCAUGUUGUCAGAGCCCUCAAUUACCAGAAGAGAAACAUAAUCCUAAUCUCAAUGAGACAUUGGCAAAGUUUACAUCUGAAAAGAAGAGCAACAACAAAGAGAUUCCUAGAAAGACUAGUGGAAAAGGGGUUUGUACACGAAAGGUGUGCUCUAUGCCAACGUGGUUUGAGAGCUGGGAGCGUGACGACACAUACGCAGCUCUUGCUGUUAUUUGUGCUGCUGUAUCAGUUGCCUUUGCCUAUAACUGCUAUAAACAGUUGAGGUAAAUGCUUAGAGAAUUCGAACUUUGUGUUGUGUUGAUGCUACGGCAGGAUGCAGAACUUUGCCCUUCUGUCUCCUAUGUGUUCAAGAUAUGAAUAUUGCAGCAUACUGUAAUGCAUCACUAGAAAUAUCUUUCUUCAAAUAUGAAGGGCAAAAGACAGGAAUCCUUAAGAAAUCAGAAGAAAAAUGUUUGGGAAGGUGAGUUUUGGUGCUUCAUUUCUUUGCUGCUUCCCUUGAUGCUUGAUGUAUAGAUUUGGAUUUUGUAAUAUGUGUGAAUCUCCCCAAUAUCUCGUAGUUAUAUGAAGAAUGUUUGCAUUUUCUCGUACAAGAGAAUGCUUCAUAUUAUUCUCUAAUCU